CGUGACGCCACAGCUGGGUUGGCGAGUCAGGACGGCCCGGAUUCCCUUCGCGUUACGCGGUGCCGGAAGUGGCGACUGCAGCUAAGUAUUUGAGAUGGGGACCUCCCUUGACAUCAAGAUUAAAAGAGCGAAUAAAGUUUAUCACGCUGGGGAGAUACUGUCCGGUGUGGUGGUCAUAUCUAGUAAGGAUUCUAUUCAGCAUCAGGGGGUGUCUUUGACAAUGGAAGGAACUGUAAACCUCCAGCUCAGUGCCAAAAGUGUGGGUGUGUUUGAAGCUUUUUAUAAUUCUGUUAAGCCCAUCCAGAUUAUCAACAGCACCAUAGAAAUGGUAAAGCCAGGGAAGUUUCCCAGUGGCAAAACAGAAGUUCCUUUUGAAUUUCCUCUGCACGUGAAGGGUAACAAAGUUCUGUAUGAGACUUACCAUGGCGUGUUUGUCAACAUUCAGUAUACGCUGCGCUGUGACAUGAAGCGGUCUCUGUUGGCCAAGGACUUGACAAAGACCUGUGAAUUCAUCGUUCACUCUGCUCCUCAGAAGGGGAAGUUGACUCCAAGUCCUGUGGACUUCACCAUCACACCUGAAACCUUACAGAACGUCAAAGAGAGAGCCUCACUCCCCAAAUUUCUCAUCAGAGGACAUCUCAAUUCAACGAACUGUGUCAUCACGCAGCCUCUCACAGGAGAGCUGGUGGUGGAGAGCUCAGAGGCCGCCGUCAGAAGCAUAGAGCUGCAGCUGGUGCGCGUGGAGACCUGUGGUGAGGGCCUGUCUCGGUGGCUCUGCCUCCAUCACAUGGGUGUGCAGAAGGCUAUGCCCGUGAUGCUACAGAGAUCCAAAAUAUCCAGAUUGCUGAUGGGGAUGUUUGUAGGAGCCUCUCUGUCCCCAUAUACAUGGUCUUCCCCAGGCUGUUCACCUGCCCUACACUGGAGACCACCAACUUCAAAGUGGAAUUCGAAGUGAACAUUGUUGUGCUGCUGCAGGCAGAUCACCUCAUCACGGAGAACUUCCCACUGAAGCUCUGCAGGAUCUAGCCCAGGAAGGGUGCAGGGAGCACACACAGCCCCAUGGAAGUCCAGCAGGUUAUCCAACUUCUGUGGGGAGCUAAAGCCAGCAGCAUAUCCCCAUUUUCACCAUUAUUCUGCAUCAGAAGUGACAGGGACUCCUGAAGUUUCAGUUUCUUCAUUUCCUCAAAACUUCUGCUUCCACCAAGAGCCUCUAAUCAGACAUUUUCUGUGAAAUUUAACAGG